UCCCGUAAACCUAUAUAAAGGUCUAGAAUUCCUCCGGUUAUCAAUUACUUUUUCUUCUCUCUCAUCAAUAUCACAUCCAGCAAUGUCUCCAACCUUACCAAAGAAAGCUUUAAUCUCCAUCACCUCUUACUGCGAACCAUUCUACGAGGAUGGUAGCAAGACCGGUUUGUUCUACGGUGAAGCAUCCCACCCAUGGCACGUGCUUACCAAGGCUGGUUUUGAAGUCGACUUUGCCUCCGAAUCUGGCUCCUAUGGUCUCGAUGACCAUUCCACCAGCGAGGAUUUCUUGAGCAAGGAAGAUAUUGCCGAGCUCAACGAUCCAAAUUCUGAAUGCUCCAAGGCGUUCAAGAAGAUCAAGAAGGCCUCUGACAUCAAUGCCGACGAAUACGGUAUCUUCUUUGCCUCCGCUGGCCAUGCUACCUUAUUCGACUACCCAACUGCCAGCACUUUGCAGAGUAUUGCCUCCGAAAUCUACAACAACGGUGGUAUUGUGUCCACCGUCUGCCACGGUGGUUCCAUCUUUGCCAACUUGAUGGACAAGAAGACCGGUGAACACUUGGUCAAGGGCAAGAAGGUCACUGGCUUCACUGAUAUCGGUGAAGACCAAAUGGGUAUUACUUCUAUCUUGGAAAAGUACAAGUUGAAGACCGUCCAGACCAUUGCUGAGGAGGUUGGUGCCACUUAUGUUCAUCCUCCAACUCCAUUCGGUGACUGGAACUUGACUGACGGUAGAGUUGUCACCGGUGUCAACCCAGCUUCUGCUCACUCCACUGCCGUCGCUGUCGUUGAAGCCUUUAACAAGCUUUGAGGGAUGAUGUAUUUCCUUUAGUAAUUGAUCUGUCCAUGAAAUAUGUAGAAGCCCAAUCUCUUGGCUAGAGCCUUAACCAGGGAUAAAUUGUCUUUUUGGCGCAGACGUCAACUUGUUUCAUUAUAAUUAGCAUUCACCUAGCGCCGAUCAAGUUGCACUCCCGAAAGCCAUAAGCAUGAUGAGACACUGUUCGUUUAUAUUCGGGUAUUUCCUCACAGGUAAGUUAAACUGUUAGGGCUCUAAGCGCCUAGUUUAUAUAUAUAUGCACCUCACGUUUCUCGCUAAUUUUAUC